UUGAUUCAUAUCACUUUAAUUAAAAAACAUAAAUACAUGUUAGUAGAUGGUAAGAUGAAGUUGGUAAAAAAAUCAAGUAUUUACAUGAGCGUUAUAUUCUUGUUAUAUGUUGUCGAAUGUCUAAAGGUUUCUAGAAAAUACAGAGAUGUAAUACAAAAUGUAAACAAGUCGGAAUGUGAUCAACUUAGUAACACGGUGUGGGGAAGGUCAAACGGUCUAUGUAAAUGCAGCAGUAGAGACAGGACGUUUCAUAUUGUUAAUGGUACAGCAGGUUGCUUUAGACGUUCAAAAAUCUCACCAGGAUGUAAAAAAGAUGUCUUGAAGUCUCAAAAAAUAUAUCGCGACAUGGAAGAUUGUCAACAUUAUUCACUAUUGGCAUGGAAUAGCAUUGCCCAAAGUUGGGUGAAUAUUCAUAUUAAAGAACAUUUUGAUGGAGAAGGACUUAAUAUUUGGCUCAAUGGAAAAUUGAAUAAUAUUAAAGGAAGAUUGGUUAAAUUACUUUGUGGCAAGCGAAAAAAUCCUUCAACACAUGUUAUUUCAGCUGAUUGCUACGUAUAUAAAAAAUUUGGAACAUAUACUUAUUACACAACAAUAACAGCAAAAACUUCAACACCAAUUUCAACAACGACUUCGAAACAGAUCACAACAAAAUCAGCAAUGACAUUGAAAGAAAACUCAAAUGGAAAUAGCAACAGUAUUAUCAUUGGAAGCGCAUGCGCUAUGGUUGUAAUUGUUGUACUAAUUUUGAUUGUAUUAAUUGUAAGGUGGAAGAAAGCCAACAGAACGCCGUCAAAUUCUACGGUAAAGAGUCCAAGUUGCGUGGAUAAUAAUAAUCAGGGAAGCUUGAAAACAAAUAAUUAUGCAUCUGAUAAUUAUGCUACAGCAGAUUUGCAGAUGGUUUCUCAUUUACAAUAUAAAAAGGGUGAAAAGGCGAAAGAAGAAGAGAUUUAUAAAGAGAUAGAUAAAAAUGGAGUCUUUGAUGAAGAUUAUGCACAGCUGUCUUACUGCAACAGCGUACAAACAUCAUUGCAAAAUGAUGGAUUAAAUGAACCGCUGUACUUUGAAACAGCGAUAGAAGCUGACACGGAGAAUAAAUUGGUGUCUGAACCAGUAUAUGUGGAAACAGUCCCGGAGGAUUGAAUACGAAGAAAGAAUGGAUUUAGUAUUUAUUGGCAUGAAGGCUAUGUACAAAUGACGUUAACGUAUGUUUUAAAAAGAGUGUU